AAAGAGCUUAUUGGAGAUGCUCUUAGUCAUUACAUCGUGUUCCUAAUCAUCAUCCCAUGCUCCAAUAUAUACAUACACAUUCCGCGUAUCUAUAAUCUAUUCAUUCACUGAACAAACACAAGUAUAUUUCAAGUCAUUUCUUUCCCCGUGUACCAACUCAUACUAUCUAUAUAUCACUCAAUAAGAUCCCUAAUUGACCUAGAGCUAGGGUUUCUAUUCGGAUCUCGGGUCAGGUAAUCGGGUCACCAAAAUGUCGAAUCAGAGUGGAAAAUUGAUGCCCAAUCUUGACCAACAGAGCACGAAAGUCCUCAAUCUCACCGUGCUUCAAAGAAUGGAUCCUUAUAUUGAAGAGAUCUUGAUUACUGCUGCUCAUGUCACCUUUUAUGGCUUCAAUAUUGAUCUUAAUCAAUGGAGUCGCAAGGAUGUUGAAGGUUCUCUUUUUGUUGUCAAGAGGAACACUCAACCACGAUUCCAGUUUAUAGUUAUGAACCGACGCAAUACAGAAAAUCUCGUAGAAAAUCUUCUUGGAGAUUUUGAGUUUGAACUACAAGUUCCAUAUCUUCUGUAUCGUAAUGCCUCCCAAGAAGUGAAUGGUAUCUGGUUCUAUAAUUCACGUGAAUGUGAAGAUGUAGCUAAUUUGUUUACAAGGAUACUAAACGCAUAUGCCAAGGUUCCUCCCAAGCCUAAAGUAUCAUCAAACAAAAGCGAGUUUGAGGAACUAGAGGCAGUGCCAACCUCUGCUGUGAUUGAAGGGCCUCUAGAACCAUCUUUUACUCAAUCUCCUUCAACGGACAUACCCGAUGAUUCGUCCUUUGUGAACUUCUUCAGCACUGCUAUGAAUAUAGGGCAUGGUGCUUCAAAUGUUAUGAAUUCGGGACAAGUUACUAAUGUCCCUUUAUCUUCUCGUGUUGCGAAUGUUGCUCCUACUCCUGCACCUGCACCUGUAGUGCAAACUCCGCCCCUCCCUCAUGCAGCUUCAUCUUCUUAUCAGAUGCCCCUUCAUGAUACUCCUGAUCCAGUCAACAGUAGCAACCGUGUUACCAAUCUUCUGAAACCAUCUUCUUUCUUUACGCCCCCUUCCUCCUCUUCUGCACUGAUGACCCCGCUUAUAACUUCGUCUGUGCCUACUGCUACCCUGCAGCCUCCCCUGAAUACACAGCGAUCACAUGGAGCUCCCAUGCUCCAGCCUUUUCCACCACCUACCCCACCAAUGUCUUUAACUCCUAAUCCAGCAGCCGUGGCAAAUUAUGGACCAUUAAGCAGAGAUCAAGUCCGUGAUGCGCUUUUAGUGCUUGUUCAGGACAAUCAAUUCAUUGACAUGUUUUAUCAAGCACUGAUGAAAGUUCAUCGAUCAUGACUAUUUUCAGGGCAAGUGGGUUCGUUUAUUUGUAGAUGCUAGUACAAAAUGCUUGCAAGGUCAUUUUGUUUAUAAGUCUUUUAUCGGUUGAAGUUUUGCAACUUUGGUUUCUUUACUAGAUAACGGACGGUAUCCUGCUAUGUUUGAUAUUUCUAGCAAUUUCUAGAGAUUUCUCAUCCCCCAGCCUGUUAGUUUUUUUGAGUCAGUAAUUGUUACAAAUUUUUAUGAUUGAAUUAUCAUCUUAUAUACAGUAGCUUACAUAAACUGGUAGUUUGAGUUA